AUGUCAUCUUCAACAAAAGAUUCUAAGACCUCUAAUCCUACUCCAAGGAGUAUCAACCCUGGUCCAAGUAAACCAGACCUUGCUGGUGUCGACUCAUCUUCAAUUUCCGGGCAGUCUAUUUCUACCUCGGGAAGAGCCGAUAUGAGCGAAGGUGAAGAUGAAUCUCCUGGUUUGAAAAGGACAGAAGCUCCUCAAAUAAAUCAGGUUGAGAUUAACGAGAUCUUAGACUUGAAAUCUGAGAUGAUGAUGAUGCAAGAGCAGAUGAAACAAAUGACUGCUAUGUUUAAAGCCGCUAUGAUUCAAACAGUCCCGCAACUUAGCACUCCUGUACCAGCUAGGAACGAUGAGGCUAACAAGGCCCAGAUUUCGGAUGAUAACAACAGCAUAACCCUGCCAACUGACGUGCAAAUGAAAGUUCAUCCGGAAGAACACACAUUUUCACCAGGACGUAACUUCCCUAUCUCGAGGCCACACUCACUCGCUUCACCCUUGACUCACCAAUCCCGUCAAAGUGGUACUCCUAGUGCUUAUGGAUCUGAUAGAUCUGUUGCAUCUUACGAUGGUAUCCUUUACCAUGGAGAAGUAGUCCAUAGCGGAUUCUGGGUUGAAGGCCAUGAAGAAGCUUGUCAAAUCAUAAACGAGGCAAGACAGAGGUACCCUCAUGGGGAAGACGUCAGGGUAAUUCCAUACAUUCGAGUCCCAGACAUAGCUGUCGAAAAGGCAUUCAUGGCGUACUACGACAAACUCCUUGCCAAACAAGGGAGAACUCAAAAUGACAAUAUGGCACUCGGUCAGUAUGACAUUGCAAAACGUGUCCCUUUGAAGUUCUCCGAUGAGGAAGGUUUCAUGUUCUGGUUAAAGUCGGUUUUGUGGCACAAACACACCUACGGUGUUCCUGAUAAGCUCAUCAUUAAUGAGUUAAGGAACGGAGCUAAUUUGACGAAGUCAGAGUCGUUGAAGGACAUGAUUGAGAUGUCAUGUAAGAGUGAGGGCCCCUUUGAACAACCGGUGGUUGAUUACUUACCUAUCUUGGGCAAUGGGGGCACUCCUCCAGAAACGAACCAAGUUACUGAUGUUAUGACUGCUAUCCAUGAUGCUUUGAAAAAGAAACAUAAUCCUAGAGUGAAAAUGACCAUUAUUGGUAUUGCUGUCAAAAAGUAUUUGAGGAUCACCAAUACAUCUCACCUAGCACAGGAAACAUGGAUCUCAAUCUUUAAGACCCUUUUCGAAAGGAUGGGUAGUGUCAUGGAUCAAAUAAUCAUGUAUAUGACCCCGGAAGUUAAAAUCGAAAAGCCGGGAAGGACUGGACCAAUAGUCACGUUUGAAGAUGCGUCGAUCAUAAAGAUUGGCCUUGGACUCCUCAAGAAUAAACCUAACGAUAAAAUCAUUCAAGGUGUCAAAUCAUACGAUUUGACAUUUGAGAGGAUCUGGGAUGCUGUUAAUGCAACAUUUCAAACGAGGAUGCAUCUUAUCUCAGAUGACGAAGAAAAAGAUGCCGGUACUACACUGGUGUCUAAAGGUGACAAAUCACAAAAGACUACUAAAUGUAAUUUUUGUGGAAAGUACAGACACACUGUUGAUAGUUGCCACUUAUUGGUGACUGCUUUGGAUGAAAAGUUGGUAAAGAAAGUCGAUGGGAAGUAUUACUUAGCAAACGGUGAACCGUUGGUCAUGGAUUUCUAUAAGUGUCCCCUUUUAAAACACCAGGGGGGGAGGAUGUCACAGUGCGACACACAUUGGACGCUCUGUGCCCUCGUUUCCGCUAAGUGA